UCCUUAAUUGUCCGCAAUCCGCAUAGACAGACAUUUUAAAUUAAGUAUCUGUGAUCCGCUUGAUUGACGAUUCCUGUGGAUUGUUGUAAAAAUUUUGGGAAGUUGUUACGAAAUUGGUGAGCAGUGUUAAUUUGAUGUUAAUAAUACUCUACCUUUUAAAUUAGAAGAAAGAGUAUCCAUUAAGGAUAAUAAUAUGGACGACGAAUCUAGUUCGGAUUUGCAAAAAUGCCUGUCGGAUGGUCCAAUGGAUACCGAUGAAGGGCCACUCAUCAAUGAAAACUCAAAUGGGCUUUCCCACUUGCUGACGGAAGGCGAGUUUGACAGUGUGGACGCCGUGGCUGUAGACGAAUCGUCGGCGUCAAACCAAGCUUUUCUAAAUGCAGUCGAGUUGUCUGCAAGUAGUGUGGGGGACUAUUUAGAGAAUAACACGACAGGCUUUAACGCUGAUAAUUUUGAUGUCGGCGACAACGCAGUGACCUUUCCUAGCGAUUCUCUGGACGGAGAAAGACUUCUUAGUGACAAUGACUAUAAAGAAGCUUCAGACAACAAUGGUGAUGUUAGUAAUAGUCAGAAUUUGAAUAUGGACAUGGAUAACAUUGAAAAUGAAAUAAAUGCACAGACAGAUGAAGAGAUGACCACAGACUAUCAAAAGGCAGGAGAAGAACAGAAAGUAAAUACUGAGGUUGUUAAUAAUACAAAAACAUUGGCUGAUAUGCAUGUUAAGGUAUCAGACAGUGUUGAAGAAAUUGCUGGUGUUGUAAAUAUCACUGAUACCAAAAUGGAUACUCCCAGUGAGUUCCCUGUUGAUGUAAACGUCAUAGAGAGUAAUGUUGAGACUCACAAAGAAGUUACAGCCAAUGUGAAUAUGACAGAGGCCCAUAUAGAUGCCCCCAAAGAGGUCCUGGCUCAGGAAAAUGUCUCGGAGUCCACUUCUGAUGUAAAUGUAAUAAAGGCCAAAAUGGCAGCUCCCAAACAUCCCACUUCUGAUGCAAAUGUCACAGACAGUGACACCCCUAAGGUCGGUGGAGCUGAGGAAACUGAAGUGGUUUCUGAGGAUGAACUUCCAGAAGUGCAGAAGCCUAGCGUAAAGGAUGCGGAAAACGUUUCUGAUGAUGAGCUGCCAGGACCUAAGCCAGCUGAACUGCCGGCUGACACUGAAGUGGUGUCGGAAGACGAACUACCAUCGUCCAAGAAGGAAGGUAAAGAAACCCGCAAACGAAAGCCUGACGAGGCCGGCGACGGGUACGAUCCGGGAUCCCCGACUUCAGAGACAGAGUCUGCUAACAAGAAACAAGCAGUAGCCAAAAAUGGUGAAAGUAAACCAAUUCCAGCCGAGAAGAGAGCAUCGACUGAUGAGAAACCUAAGAAGAAAGCGCUUCCGGAGCUCGACAAGUACUGGAAGGUGGUCAACGACGACCCCACUGACUUCACCGGCUGGACUUAUCUGUUGCAAUAUGUCGACCAAGAGAGCGACGUGGAAGCGGCGCGAGAAGCGUACGACGCGUUUCUGUCGCACUACCCGUAUUGCUACGGCUACUGGCGCAAGUACGCCGAUUAUGAAAAACGCAAAGGAAGUAAAAAGAAGUGCCUCGAGGUUUUGGAAAGAGGUCUCAAAGCUAUACCUCUAUCGGUUGACCUGUGGAUACAUUAUCUGAAUCAUAUAAAGGCAACCAGAACUGAAGACCACGCGUUUAUACGAUCGCAAUAUGAACGAGCUAUUGAUGCGUGCGGUUUGGAGUUCCGCUCGGAUCGCCUGUGGGAGUCCUACAUCAAGUGGGAAGCGGAGAACGGGUCAGCGCUGAACGUCACCAACAUUUACGAUCGUUUGUUGGCCACGCCUACUUUAGGAUACACGUCGCAUUUCGACAACUUCCAGGAGCACGUGAUGUCGGAGCCGGUGGCGGGCGCCGUGAGCCGCGCGGAGCUGGUGCGGCUGCGCGCCGACGUGCGCGCCGCCGCGGGCGCGCCGCCGCAGCUGGACCUGCCGCCCGGCGAGGACGAGCCCACCGACCACGUGGCUUCAGAAGAAGAAGCUCAAGCCAUUAAGGAGCGCAUCAUCGCCGCGCGAAGGAAAGUACACAAGACUACUGGCGAACAGGUCGCAGCUCGGUGGACGUUUGAAGAAGGGAUAAAGCGUCCGUACUUCCACGUGAAACCGCUGGAGCGCUGCCAGUUGAAGAACUGGAAAGCGUACCUCGAGUGGGAGAAGCAGCACGGCUCGCUCAAACGGGCGUUAGUACUACACGAAAGGUGCCUCAUCGCAUGCGCGCUCUAUGAAGAGUUCUGGAUGAGGCUAAUCAAAUUCCUAGAAGAGCGAUUAGACUCAAAUCCUGAGCUAAUUGCCAUAGAGAGAGAAGUACUUGAGCGGGCGUGUACUGUCCAUCACUUAGACAAGCCGGAGCUUCAUCUGCAUUGGGCACAUUUUGAGGAGGCACAGGGCAACCCUGCCAAGGCCGCUGAGAUACUAGACCGCAUUGAGAAGGUCUGCCCUAAUCUGGUGCACAUACAAUACAGACGCGUGAAUCUAGAACGACGUCGCGGCGACUUCGACAAAUGUUCGCAACUGUACGAAAACUACAUCGCGGCCGCCAAGAACAAUGCGGUUGCAUCCGCGCUCGCCAUCAAAUACGCGCGGUUUCUUUUCCACGUGCGACAGGACCCGCCAGCGGCCAGGAAGGCUUUAGACGAAGCUAUAACUAAGGAUCCUUUGAACCAAAGACUACAUUUGCAGAGGCUCGAUUUAGCUAUGCAUACGCCAGGAACGCCGUAUGAGGUCUUGGAAGAGCUAGUCCAAUCGUACGAGCAGCAAGAGGGCGCCGACCCCGAGGCGAGCGCGGCCAUGGCGUGGCGCCGCCGCGAGCUGGCGGAGGAGCUGGGCGCGGCGCCGCACGCGCGCCGCGCGCAGCUGCACGCGCGCGCGCUCGCCAAGCACCUGCGCAAGCGCGCGCGCAAGGACAAGCACGACCCGCCGCCGCCGCCCGCUCCCACGGCGGAGCCCGCGAAGAAGAAAGAGGCUGCGCUUCCAGCCGCUGCGGCGCCAACGACGAACAACACCAACUACUACCAGCAGUCUGCGCCGGCGCAGUCGCAGUACGAGCAGUCGUACGCGCAGCCCUACCAGCCGCCGUGGGGCUACCAGCAGCCGCCCGGCCCCUACCAGCACCAUCCCCACCCCUGGCCGCAGUAUCCGCCUAAUUAUUACUAGCGACACGCCCCAAAAUGAUUUUAUUUCUGAGCAGCGUUUAUUUAUUAGUUGACGUUUUCUCAACGGACGCUCUAAUUAACUUCUUAAUAAAUUAGCUGCUAUUCUUUCAAAGCCUUUCGUUUCUCCAAGAUUGUACUAGUUAUGUCGACAUUAUUUUUUUACAUUAUGUGGUAAAAUUUCAUUUAUUUUAAAAGACUUGCGGUUAAUAAACUACCUAAUUUACUUCUUAAUAAAUUAGUUGCUAUUCUUUCAAAACCUUUCGUUUCUCCAAGAUUGUACUACAGUUAUGUCGACAUUCUUUUUUUCACAUUAUGUGGUAAAAUUUCAUUUAUUUUAGAAUUGUAGUAAAUAAACUACCUAUUAAUUUACUAAAAAGAGAGAACUUGCACAGGUUUCUCGGCGGAUAAGUACGAUAAAUUUACAUGUAUAUAAAGUACACGGAUUUGAAUGCAUCUUUGAACUUCGUUGUUUCCUGAAGGUGUGUGAUCAAAUGAAACAACUUUGUGAUCCAUGGAGUUUAUUUCAAUAAUAUCUGUGUCACAUUACAUAUACUUUCGGAAAUAAAUAAUAUUGUAGACA